AUGUCAUGUGAAAAGCUAGAUCUGUCAGCCAAAAAAGCACACCAUUUAGGCGAUGUAAUCAAGAAGAACGAGAAAGGGAGGAGAAUAUUAAUUAAAAACAGCUUCAGAAGAAAGCUUCUUCCUUUUAUAGUUUAUGAUAAUUCCACGUGUAUAUUGGCCCUUCUAUUUGAAAGAAGUUCAUUUGUUCUUUCUUUUAUUCUUUAUUAG